AUGGCUAACAAAGGACGUCCUAAGAAGGUGAAAGCACCGUACCGUAAGUACGUAGCGGGCCAAGGUUUCGUACACACGCGAGGUUUUACCUCGAAUCCCGCAGAAGAAGAGAGACAUAUUGAAGCAAAUGGCGAUAUCUUUCGCACGCCACAAGGCACUUAUUACUAUGACUUAGAAACGGAAUCGGUGAUUCAGCUAGAAGCAGCGCCAUCAGCUUUAUUGUCCAAUUCAGAUCGUCAUUCCAGAAUAGAACGUAGCGGGGAAGCUGUGCUGCCGUUGGAGAUUUUUGAGCUGAUACUGAUUUUUAGCAUAAACAUCGAACCUCAGUAUCUCCUGGUGUGUCGUAGCUGGUACAAAAUAUGCGUGCCACUCCUGUAUGCCUCGCCAAAGCUCCAAAGCCGCAAUUUCGGUCACUUUGUCGACACAGUGAUCAACAAUCGGAAAAAGCGUUUGGGCGAAAAUGUGAUGGACCUGGAUCUCUCAAAUAUCAUUCAGAGUGGGAAAAACUCAUACGUUUCGAAGCUACUCCGACGCUGUAGUCCUAUAUUACGGCGCUUCACGGCCCCGCAAACAAGCUUCGGUUAUGCCCCCUUAAUAAGCCUGAAAUCCUGCCACCAACUACAGUACCUUGAUCUGGGGCUAGUCUCAGAGACGGUGCAGUUGGGUGAGCUUUUCAGCGCUAUCAAAGGGUUUGCAAACCUGACACACUUAUCGUUCCCCAGAAGUUCCAUUGACUGCGCUGGGUUUCGGGAAUAUGAAUGGCCACCUAAUCUGCGAUAUCUCAAGCUAAGUGGGGGUAUCACCAAUGAAUUUGUGAGAGAGAGCAGGUUUCCGAGAAGCAUCAGAACAUUAGAGUUUUCCUUUUGUCCUCAGAUAAACGAGCAUGCGGUAUACACAGUUCUCGCGAGAAUUGGAGACAUUCUCAAGCAUCUGUACUUCCACUAUCCCAUGCCUACUCUGCACGGCAGUUCGCUGGAUUUCGUAUUUCGAUAUUGUCCCAACUUGAUAACUCUCCAGCUGACCGUGGACUACUGCUCCAAAUGGGCUUUUUCUGAAAACAUACUCACACCUUCAUCCACGCCACGGCCUUUGCGCACGCUGCUCUUAGAAUGUAGUGGUAAUCUGGGUCAAGCUUUCAAGGUUCAUCCGGACGAUAUAACUAUCGCGUUGGCAGAAGACCGGCUGCCGAGUCUCAAAACCGUGCGGGUGUCUUCCAAACUCGGUUGGGAUAUGAAAAGCUCAGACGUCAGUGACCUUAUUUCGUGUUUGGAGGAUCAAGGUGGCAGUUUGUACAUAAGUUAUUGA